ACAAUCUCUCUCCAUCUCUCUCUAGAUUCUCUCUCUAGUUCUUGUGACAUUUUUUUUGGGGUGGUUCCUCCUCCUAAUGCUCUGUACUGCAUUCAUUGUAAAUUAUGCAAAGCUCUAAUCAUUGGGUGUCUGCAUCUGUGGGAAAGACCUCUCCUUUUCUCUCUCUCUUUUCUUGUCAAACAUUUGUCCCCUCUCUCUGUCCUCCGUCCAGUUAUUUCAUUUCCUUGUCGCUCCAUUCUUAAAUACCUGCAAUCCACGAGAAAUGAGCGCGGCCCGAAACUUCAACCGAGCUCACUUCUCCCGCCAAACGCACCGCCAGCGCGCAUGUGUCGGCCUCGCCCUCGAGUCGGGUGGUUGAUGGUAGCUGAUGCUGUUCCGGAUUGCAAAGAGAUAGAGGAGCUCCUGGGUGGACGAGUUUCGCGACCGUUUAGAUCCGGUUUUGGGCUGUGCCCGGGAACGAACUCUCGGAAGGCGAGUUUCGACGGGUUUCUGCGACGGAUUUGGUGGUGCUUUUGUUCCAGGGAGAUCUGCUGCUGGUCUAAUGGUCUUGACGCGUCUCUGUCUCGAAUGCUUGGACAGAUGCAUUGUGUUGGUUUGGAGCUGUCGCGGGUGGCUUGACCUCUACAGUGCAGCGUGCCGAGAAGGAUCGUUAUAAUGCCUUUCCGGAGACUGGGUUGAGUGAUUUGGUGGCUAAAUUUGAAGUGCUCUGUUCGAAACGUGUUGUCCCAGCUUCGGAGUUUUCAUAGGGAAACAAGAAAGUAUUUGGGUCUGCUAAGGAGGUGGUAAGUGACGACUUUGGAAGGUCAACAUAUCAAGUGAAGUUUAGAAGAGUCGUGCCUGCAGCGGUAUAUUUUCGAGGGGGUCAUUCAUGGUGGCGAACAAGGAUCUUGAAGGAUAUUUCAUGGAGACUUCGAAUCAAAAGAAAAAUGAUGAGGAAUGCACGCCCUCUGUAUUGACGUUCAAGAUCAACUCUGGGGAUGAUGAUGGCAUGGGGGAUGUGGACGAGACCAAGAGCAUGGAGCUAGAAUCCAAUGGAAGCAAGAUCAGUGUCGAGGAUGGAGACUUGAUGAUUACAGACUCGAAUGAAAGUGCGGCCUGUUCUGCAGGUGGCGGAACACGUAAUGAAGGUGAUACAGAGAGUGAAGUAGUGGAGGGAGAUGCAGUGAAUAAGAAAACCAGAGCUUCCUUCAAACGAGCUCGUGACGGUAUCUACGAAGAAGAUUCAGUGAGGUUGAAUUGGAAAAAGAAGAGUUCAGUAGGGCAACGGGAUGACGAGUCGAUUGGCGUGGUUGCUGAAUCAGAUGGAGGCAAUAUAUAUAGCAGUCAGGGUGAUUUUGUAAUUCUGGAUCUUGAAGUGUCUGGAGAGGAAUCUGCUUGUGUUGUGGACCAGAGUCCAUUGUGGGCGAUGCUUAACUGGCUCAAUGGGAUUGCAAGAGACCCGUGUGACCCAGAAAUUGGUUCUUUACCAGAACUGUCCAAAUGGAACAUCUACGGAAGUGACAAAUUGUGGAAACAGGUUUUGUUGUCUAGGGAGGCUCUCUUAUUGGAAAGACACAAAACUCUGAGUGCCAAAAGAUUAGUCUGGCAGAAAAAUCAGAGGAUGCACCCAAGCAUGUAUGAAGAUCGUGAUGGGUCUGGUUAUAAACUGAGAGAGAGACAGUGUGAGCAGAGUUUUCUCCUCAAAGGUUCGAGCAAGAAGGUGAAAAACGGCUUGGAUACUUUCAUGUCAGUAUGUCAUGGUAACUUGGAUAUCCAAGAUCACAUUGAUAACAAUAUCAAGAAUGGAGACUCCAGUUCCUCAUCUGCAGGUUCUCUAUUUGACGAUCAGGGAGAAGAGGAAGUGCCUCUGGGUUCUGAAUUUCAAGCUGAAGUGCCAGAGUGGACUGGGGAAACUUUUGAAAGUGACUCUAAAUGGCUGGGAACCCCAAUUUGGCCUUUGAAAAAUACACAGAGAAGAUCUCUAAUUGAAAGGGAACCUAUGGGAAAGGGAAGACAAGAUUCAUGUGGAUGUCAAGUUCGAGGCUCUGCUGAAUGUGUUAGAUUUCACAUUGCGGAGAAAAGCAAAAGGUUGAACCUGGAACUUGGCCCAGCUUUCUACGUUUUCAAUUUUGACAAAAUGGGUGAAGAAGUUAAACAUUCCUGGACAAGUGAAGAGCAGGAGAAAUUUGCUGCUAUAGUGAGGUCGAAUCCCCCUUCUCAAGGUAAGUGUUUCUGGGAUCAAAUGUUCAAGGAUUUUCCGACCAAAAGCAGGGUUGAAUUGGUGAGCUACUAUUUUAAUGUCUUUCUCAUGCUACGAAGGAGAAAUCAGAACAGUUGCACUCCUCUUAAUAUCGAUAGCGAUGACGAUGAAUGGGAACCCGGUUCUGUUGUUCGUGGUGUUGGCCAUCAAGAGGUCAGGUCGUCAGGCUCCAUAUUUUAUUCACCAACAAAGCCACACUCUAGGUACAGAUGAUGCUAAGUUUCUUCUGAAGCAAAAACUUUAUGAGGGCUGCUGAUCUGUUCUUCUCCAGCUCCGUCCCUUGGCAAAAAUUUUCUGGAGGACAAAUUUUUCUUUUGGGUCAUAGCUAUAGUGUAUUACUACAGGAUAAUCAUGUUUAGCUCUGGUAGAGAAAAAAAGAAGUGAAGCAUCGAUAUACAGUAUUAGCCGUAUAGCGCAAGAAGUUAUGUUUGCAGUCGAGUCAUUUUGUUUUUCCAGCAUACAGCUGUUGAAGGUAUACAUCCUGUUGAUUUCUCAUGACUAACAACACCAGAUACAGGUCUUCCUUUUUCUUCUUUCUUUUUUGCAAUAUACUUGUUUGCUUUCUUUCUGGCCUUAGCUAGAUGAUGAAAGAAAGAUUUGUUAAAGCCAAGUGAUGGAGACUGAUAUGGAAACAAGUGAAUCGUCAGUUUGCAAA